AUGCGAUCGAGAAUUUUCGCCGAGAAGAAGAUCCAAUAUAAGGAGGCGGUGGAGCUCGCGUUGGCUUUAGAGGCUGCCGAAAAGCAUGCGGAAGUGAGCGGCUCCACAAAGGUGUCGGCGACGGACUCAGGGGCGACGGGUGGCGAGGCGGGCGAGUGCCUGUACUAUGCGCGUGGCAGCGGCGGCGUCAACGGCCGGCAAGGUGGGCAGCGCGCGCGGCCACCACGAGCGCCCGGAGCAGGGGGCGCGACGACGGCGGCUGGCGCAGGCGCGCGCGCGUGCUGGCGCUGUGGCAGGGCGCACGCCGCCGACAGGUGCCGGUUCAAAUACUACAACUGUGACGAGUGCGGCCAGCGGGGCCAUAUUAAAGCCGUGUGUAAACAAGUGCGCGGUGGGCCGGUGGGCCGGCAUACUUAUGUGAGUGAUGAGUCGGACGACGGCUUGUACAACAUUGAGGUGGCAACUCGAGAUCUGUACUCGACGCACCGCCGCGGUCGCAUCUGCACUCAUGGGAGUUCCCGUUGCACCCGUGGCAGCGCGUACAUGCUGACUUUGCAGACUGUGGGGCUUGUGACGGAUAAUGGACCACCGUUUUCUUCACAAGGGUUUCAAAUAUAUUUAAGAAUAAUUGUAUUAAGCAUACCACCUCGGCGCCUUAUCGUCCUCAGGGAAACGGUGCGGCGGAAAAUGCCAUCAAAGCUAUUAAAAAAACAUAAAUUCCUUUUGAAAUAUCGCAACUGUGAGCACGCAACGACGGGCGUCUCACCGGCGGUGGCACUACAGGGCAGGACGCUGCGCAGCCGCCUGGACGCACUGCGGCCAGACGUGGCGGCCGCAGUGCGCUCUAAGCAAGAGCAGCAGGUAGUACGCACCGCCGGUGCUAAUAGGGAGUUUCGCGUGGGGGAUGCGGUACUCACACGUGACUACAGAACGAAGGGAAGCAAGUGGGCUGAAGCCAUAGUUGUUAAGAAGACGGGACCGGUCUCUUAUAAAGUCGACUUAGGAAAUGGUGUAGAGUGGCGUAGACAUGUUGACCAAGUUAUUCGAACUAAGAAUCGAUUCUCACUGUCACGUACGAGUGCCGCGCCUCCGGCGGACAGCAGUGGUUUAAAAUCGGAUACGACAGAGGUCGAUAAUGAGGCCGAAGAUGAAGUAUUUGAGGACGCUUCAAAUAGGGAUGAGACCUUGAAUGAACCCUUGGAAGCGGUGGAAGCGCCACAGGCACAGUCCGGGCAGAUCUCUCCAGCGCGUGUGCCUGAGUCGCCUUCACCACAUACAUCAGCUCGAGCACUGCGUGCUCUAAAACGAGCUAAACGCAAUAUU